CUUUUAAAACGUAGGUAUGUGUACAGCGUUGAUAAGGUUACCGGAGAUGCUCAAAGUCCAGUAAGAAAAGCUUCACAAAAGUACUAAACGUCUCCUUCGCCCUGCCAUCUGCACAAACGUCACAUGUGGAGCCCCGUCUGCAACUCCUCGCUCACCAGUGUCUCACUCCAUUCACGAAUCCUCCAUAUUAAUGCAAUCCCAUAUUUUGUUAAACUAAAAAAAAUACACUUUUGGUAGCGUUUCACUGUCUGAGUCAUCAGUCAGUCAGUCGAUUCUUGAAUACCAGCAACAACAGAUUUAAGACUUUCAGAACUGGGGAUAAAGUUAAUAAUACAUAAGUACAGUUGAAGAUACAUUUUUGGACUUUCAGGAUAUUAAACUGUAUGAAAAUUAACAAAUUUCACUAAUUCUUUAUAAACCAACUGCUGAUUUGAAUAAACUUUGUUUUUCUAGUUGAAGUCCAAAUGUUAUGCCAGGAAGACAAAAUCACAAAAGAUUUUUCCUGCAGAAAUAGACUAAAGAGGUUAAAGUGAGGACAGCAAGAUAAAAUAAAAUUUACGAGCCCAGCGUCUUAGAGCAGGCAGGCAGGUGCUGCUCCGUUUGUAUCAGCAUGGCAGCGUGAGCGCGUCCCACACUGCAGUUACGGCCUCGUGCUUUGAUAAAGAUGCGCUGCUUGUUUAAGAAGUUGGCAGGAUGAUUUCAAAGAACUGCAGAGUAAUCAAUGUUACUGACGAGAUAAACAGGUCUAAGUCUCUUUUAUCAAGACUUCAGGGAGAGCUUGUACUGAAGGAUUUAAUCAUUACCUGCUAUAACUCCGAGAAAAUGCAGAGUCUAAAAAACAGUGAUGUCAGGAAAAUACCGUCAUCCAAACUAAGGUCUGUGGCAAGUCUGCCUUAUGUCUUGUUUAGGAAUCGCUAUACUGUAGAUGUGUAUAGACCGUUUACCUCACCGUUUUAUCCAAGGGAAUACACAAACCUCCCUUCACAAUGUCGGAUAAUUACUUUAAAACAUUAAAAAGACUUUAGCAUUUGCAGCGCAGUCCCUGAACCACGACGCCGCCUGCUGCCCGUUUUAUGGAAUAGCACUUAGGUCCGCUUAACUUCUAUACGUAUAAACGUAUCAUCGUUUUGUUGUAUAACGGGCUACAUAACGUGUAAAAUGAUUAACACAACAGUACUUUUUGGUUAGGAGCCCAGCUUUUCAUUAGUUAUUAAGUUAUCUUUUAGGUGUUAGGCGUCCAGGAAGUAGUUGCUGUGGCUUAGUUUGCGAGAGGAGCUCCAGUUUGGUCAUGGACGCCUCGGACACCGAAGCGCUUCUACCGGAGGACGACGGCAGAUCGAGUGACGGGGGGAGGCCGGAGCCGGAGGACGGGGCGAAGCGGGAGCCGAGGUGCUUUCCCCGCCGGCUCGGCGUCACCGUGGAGCCGGUGCUUUUCCUCUCCAUGUUCUCACUGGCGCUGCAGAUGCCGCUGUACACGCAGUACCUCUGGGAGCGGUUUAGCGCCGCCGUCGGAUACGACGGGACUGCGACGCGGGGAUGCGGCAACUCGAGUGGGCCGCCCGACGCGCUGGAGAAGGAGGUUGAGACCCUCACCGCCCACUGGAGCAUGUACAUCAACCUGGGGGGCUUCGCCGUGGGGGUCGUCAUGGUGACAUUGCUGGGUUCCUGGAGCGACCGAGUGGGCAGGAAGCCAGUGCUCGUCAUCGCCAGCUUGGGCCUGGCCUUGCAGGCCACCAUCUACUUGCUGGUGAUGUACCUGCAGCUGCCCGUGAGGUGGUUCCUGGUUGGGCGGCUCCUCGGCGCUCUCACGGGUGACUUCAACGCCAUCCUCGCCGGCUGCUUCGCCUAUGUGGCCGACGUCAGCAGCGGUCGCUCCCGCACCUUCCGCGUGGCCGUGUUGGAGGCCAGUCUUGGGGUGGCUGGCAUGCUUGCUGGUGCCAUUGGAGGCCCAUGGCGUCGGGCGCAGGGAUACACCAGCCCCUUUUGGCUGGCGCUGGCCUGCAACCUGGCGGCGGCUGCUUAUGUGUUUGUCUUCGUGUCCGAGUCCGUGAGCCCCGAGCCAGCGGCCCGCUUCCUCACGCCGGAGCACCAUGCGGCGUUCCGGCGGCUCUACUGUGCAGGGGGGUGGCGGCGCCGAGGCCUGCUUUGGCUCUACCUGCUCUGCUUCUUCGUGGUGGUGACGGUGCAUUUCGGCAGCCGGGACCUCUACGUUUUGUACGAGCUGAGUGAGCCGCUGUGCUGGGGCCCCGAGCUUGUGGGGCUGGGCUCUGCCGCGCUCUACCUGGCCUACCUGAGCAGCCUGCUGGGACUGCGCGUCAUGCAAUGCUGCUUGGAGGACUCCUGGGUAGCUGUGGCGGGUCUGGUGUCCAACGUGGCCGGCCUGGUGGUCAUCUCCUUAGCCAGGAGCACCGGCCUCAUGUUCACGGGUUAUGGUCUGUGUUUUCUCUUCCUGGCCACCACACCGGUACUGCGCUCAAAAAUGUCGAAGCUGGCUGGACCCUCGGAGCAAGGUGCUCUGUUUGCGUCGGUGGCCUGCGUGGAGGGGCUCUGCGCCCUGGUGGCCAGUGGGGUCUUCAGCUCCCUGUACCCCGUCACGCUGCACAUCAUGAAGGGGCUGCCCUUCCUGCUGGCAGCUGGCCUCCUCCUCAUCCCCAUGGCCGUCAUUGGAGCCAUCAGGUGUUGGGAACAGAGAACGGCUGGCAGGGAGGCCGCGGGGGCAUCCUGACAGCAUGUCAUGCCAGAGGAGAGCCAGGGAAGAGGGAAAGCAGGAACAAAGACUGCAGCUUCAGAUGCAUCAUUAACAUGCGCAUCUGAAACUAGAGCAAAGCUAUACUUCAAACUUCCCUAUACUUCAAGAGAUUUUUUUAAAGAAUUAACUGCAAACUGAAUAUUUGAAGAACUUGGCAGCUUACAGUAAGCAGUGAUCAUGUUAAGGAGUCUAACUUAAUUUUUUUUAGCACAAUUCUCCUUUUCAUGAGGCACUGAUGAGGAGACUGACAUUAUAAUCAGGUCAGUAGCCUGGUCUGGACCACAGGCACUGUGAUGAAUGGAUCAGGUACCCGUAAUAUUGCUGUUACUAAUACACAGUAGGGGAAAGCUGCCUUCCAAACUGAAAUGAAGUGCUCCUUUGUCCCCAGUCUGUAACUGGAAGACAUGCUGCUCUUGUCAUAUAUAAACUGAAGCCUAAAAUUUACAUUUACAUUUAAAGCUCUUCUGCAGACGCCUUUAGUCACAGCGACUUACAUAAGUGCUUAGAAGUCUCAUCAGUCAAUGCAUUCUGAUACUGGUUCAGCAGAACCUGGCUAAUCAGACUAUCACUCUAAAAGCUGUUGGCAAGUAAUACAUUUUUUAAAAAUAACAGUAUAGUCCUGGAAGUGCUAAUCCAAGUACUUCCGAAAGGGGUAGGUUUUUAGUCGUCGUUUGAAGGCACCCAGUGACUUAGAAGUUUGGACAUUUACGGGAAGUUCAUUCCACCAUUUAAAUGCCAAAACAGAGAAAAGCCUAGGUGCAUGUCUUCUUUGCGCCUUGAGAGAUGGUGGGACUAGUUGACUGGUGCUGGAGGAACCGAGAGAGCGUGAUGCAGUGUGGGAUGCGAUCAAUUCUUUUAGGUAGGGUGCUGGUCCAUUUUUGGAUGUGUAGGCGAGCAUCACAUCAUUGAAUCUGAUGUGACCAGCUAAAGGAAGCCAGUGGAGGGAGUGUAGCAAUGGUGUGCUGAUAUUUAAAUGCUGAUACUGUAACCUGCAGCUCUGUGCCAAGCUAAUCCAGACGAAAAUAACUGGCCUGCUUCUGCAGGCAGGAAUAUCGGAGUUAAUCUGCUAUACAGAGGACUGGCUCCUACAAGGCUAUGGCGCCAACCCACAGACACCAGCUCCCCCUGGAGGAGGGAAAGCAGAUGCCAUCUCCACAGAGAUUGGGGGGAGGCCGGAGUAUUUGAAUAAAUGUCAGGGGGAAAUCAGGGGCUGAUUGUUAAUUCGCUUAUCUUACUGCUGAAUAGAAGGCAAUGAGCCAUAUUAACUGAUUUUUUAAAGAAGAUGUGAUUGUUUCAUAUAAUACAGAAAAAAUAUUCUAUA